GUUUGUAUGUACUGUUCAGAAUUCAGCAUCUCGUAGAUGAUGAACUUAAAUUUAAAUGUGAAUAUAAUUUGUUAAUAUGUGUUGAUAUAUAUUACAAUUUUUUUUUUACCAAGUGGAUGCAUUGUAUCUUAGCUCUUAUAUUAGUUUCUGUACUUCAUAAAAAAGAAGAAAGAACCAUUUAUUGUGAAAUGAGUGACUCUGGAGACACUGUUAAAUAUAAAUGGACCCCUGAAAGUACUUCGUUAUUGGUGUCUGUAUGGUCGGACAGACAAGUACAAAAACAACUUGAGUACGCUUCAAAACCACAACUUAUCUGGGAAAGUGUUGCACGAUAUAUGAAAAAAAAAGGGUACAAUGUUUCGGGUAAACAAUGUCGAUCUCGGAUGAAACAGGUUUUAGUAUGUUACCGUGAAGCGAAAAGAGCUGGUACUCGAGCUGGUGUAGAACAAUAUUAUGAAUUAAUAGAUAGAGUUCUUAAAAACAAACGUAUUGAUGAAAAUAUUAUUGGCGUAGAUACUGUAGAUGCAACAAUAAAUGUUAAAUCUCCACCAAAAGAAGUAAAAACAAAUAAAAAUUUGCAAAUGAGACAUAAAUUUCAAGAACCUGUACCAUCACUUCAACGAACAGAAGCAUUAUCACCUACAUGGACAUUAGGACGUGAAAAUGAAUAUCCUGAUUCUCCUGAAUCAAAUGAAACUAUAAUAGCUCGACCAUAUAGAGUCUUUUCUCCUACAAGGGAUGUAGCUAUUAAUACUGGUGAACAAAUGAUUCAGGUAGCUGGCAAGUCAACACAGUGCAAUUCUUUUCCAAUAGAAGAACCAUUACAUGCAAAUUAUAAACAAAAUUUGGUACCAAGUUAUAACUAUGGAGAAAUACCUUUUCAGAAUACAGUACAAAAUGUGCAAAAUCAAAUAAUCCAAGAAAGUAUGCAGCAAAAUCAAAACUUACAACAGAAUCAUAUGUGCAGUCGACAAAACAUGUUAGUAAAUAAUUUAAAUCUUCAGCAGAACCUACAAAAUUUAAAUCAAGAUUUAACAGCACAAUCUAUAAAUCUACCAAUGCAAGUGAAUUCAAUAGCAAUGCAAAAUCAAAAUGUAAAACAUAUAAUUCAACGACAAAAUCAGUUGCAACAAGUAAUUAGUGCCAACAAUAAUCGUGCAAUGCCUCAGGAACCACGAAAAGUUAUAUUAGAACAAACUUCAGCACAUAUGUAUAAACAACCAUACAGCAAUUUAUCAACUCAUAUGCCUACUGUAAUAGAUGCAAAACAAAUGGGAUCUUUAUCACCAGAUUGUUCACCAGAUGUAUCUCAAAAUUUAAAUGAUGCUUUUUGUCAGUCAAAAGGUGAUGAAAAAACAAACACUUUAAAUGAAACUUACGACAGAACUAUUCAAACAGCAAAUCCAUUAAGAAUUCAAAAUCCAGAAAUUUCUGUAAUUACAAACAAUGCAACAUAUAAUGAUGAUAGUUUGUUAGAAUUUUUAAUAGAUUCACCAACUCCAUCAGACAAUGAUAAUAAAUCAAAAGAUACUGCUGUUAAUACAGAUAAUAUUCCACAUGUGCCACUGCGGAAGAAAAAAGCUGAAAAAUUAGAACAACUCGUAAUAAGUGCAAUUAAUUCUCAAAAUGAAGUCGUCAAUAAGAUCCUUAUCGCACAAAAUGAUAUGGUAACAAAAUUUUUAGAUAUAGAUAGAGACCGCCAAAACCGACUUGAAAAUCGUUUGGAUGAUUUAUUAAAAGUUGUUCAUGCUUCUAUAGUCACAAAACAAACUUCAGAAACAGAUAUUGAAAUACCUCCACUACCACCAGAACCUACAAUAACAUCUUUAGUACCUCCUCCAAGACCUGGUACUGCACCUCCAAAAUUAGAUCUAGUUCCUCCAAAACCUUGCCGUGUACCUUGUACAGUGCCAAAUUCUAACAUUCAAUUAGUCACUCAAAAUACUGUAGCAACAAGACCAGGUGUGGUUUCACCUAUACUUAGUCCAGUAAAAAAGCCUGGUACUAUAUGGUCAAAACUGGGACCAGUAUCACAAUCUCCUUUUGUAAAAGCUCAACAGCGAUUAGGUUUACAGUCUGUUGUUUCUACAGAAACUCGUACUCAAUCAUCUGCAGAAAGACGCAUCGCUAGGGAAGUAGAGAAAACUAUGGAUAUAGAGACUUUAAUAUUUGAAACUAAAAGAUUUUUAGAUGUAGAAAAACAAUUAGAGGAGAAAAUAGAAAAUGCCCGUCUUGAAACAGCAAUAAGUCAAACUUUAAGUGCACGUAAAAGAUUAUUUACACAAAGAGAACCUACUGCAGCCAUGGUAUUAACUGCAGCAUUUUUAGAAAAUGAAUGUCGCACAGCGGAAAAAUUUAUUAAUCAUUAUCAUAUUUUUGAUAUAAAUCAAAAGAAUUUAAAAGGUAUUGAGGACGAUUUAUUAGCAGGUCAAGGUGAAAGCUAUGAACGUCUGCGACAACUAAAUAUAAAGUCUGCUUAUAUACCUGAUGAUCCUUGUGAUACCUCUACACCAGCAAAAAUAGGAACUAUUCCUAAUAAUAAUGAAAAAACAUCUGUAACAGUCCCUAAACAGACAAUUCAACAAUUAGCUCAACUUGUAAUGAAUACGGGAAGAUGGAAAGAUGUUGGUGGACAAAAUAUACAACAGAAUUUUGGACAAGCUAUUCAAUCAAGUAUCCAAAGACCUCAAAUAAAUACGCAAAAUAUACAUCCAGUUUCCUAUAAUGAAGUAUUUACUACAGCAGAACCUAAAAGUCUAUCCAAAGAAAUUCACACAAAAAAUGAUCAAAACCAUGUUCGAGAUUGGAUGUCAAAUAAAUAUGAUAAUUUACCAAAUGAAACUCAAACAACAUAUGUUUCAUCACACAAUAUAGUAAAUCAAAAUCCUAACUUUCCGAUAGGCUUUUCAAAAUCAGAAUUAGAUACUGAGAAUCUAAAACAAAGAAAUUCCAAUGGUGAAAUAUGCAGACCUACUGAAUUCAAUGGUAAUAUUAUAUCAGGUCGUAAACAAAGUGUACGUUUUAUGGAUGAAGCAUUAGCUGAAUUGCAACGUAUGUACAUCGAAACAAUGUCUAAAGAACAACAAGAAAUGAAUGAUAGUUUACCAUAUGUAUUGAAUAAUGCUAAUACACUUCCACUUGAAAAUCAACAAAUGAUUGAAAAAUAUAUUCAUGAUAUAGUACCAAAAAAACAAUUAAAAGAAAAUAAAGAGAAAGAUACUGAUUCUGAUAACGACGAUGAAUUUUUAGAUACUACUGCUACUAUGCCUACAAUUGUCCCACGUCGGAGUUCUCUCACAUCAACUGGUACUACUUCUACUGCGCAUUCUAUAAAAUUCAUAAAACCAGAUAAUUGCUUAAUAAGUUAG